UGUGAGAAUAAAACAAGGCCCUUGGUGUAAUGAAAGCAAAAGAUGGGGUUUUGUUUUCUUCUACUGGGUCAGACUCUCUCCUUUCUUAACACGAUAGAGUCUAAUGACAAGGAGGGAGAACAGGAGGAACAGACACGCAUUCAGUAUAAAAGACACUCAAGAGCUCUGAAACUUUUCCUCAUGUGUACAAUCGCACUUGUGUGUGUUUGUGUGUGAAUAUUGGACUUGAAUGAAUUAAACUGUGGACAAGGAUUUUGUGCUCAGUCCCUGCUGACCACAAAGAAUAAGAAACACUGUGAAGCACUUUUAACCUGGAGAGCUUUUGAAGAUAAGUGUGGACUAUUUACUAAAAGAACACAGUCCCAUUAAAAUCAUCAGGUGGACUAAAAAUUAGCUGCAAAAGAGACACUGAAAGACCUUCUGACAGUGUGAAGAACUAUCGGUAAAAACAAAACAUUUWAAAAAUGACUGUUUUGGACCAAAAUAUGAACUGAGGAAUGACCCAGGACUUUUGCACAGUUUUAUAUUUCAGGUGGUGUUUUGGAUAAAGAUCAGUUUUGUUCUUAAAACUUGAGGCUGUAGGGUCUGGUCUGAAAUACAGUAUAUAUGGGCUGACUUUGGGUUUUGCCACUUCAUGUUGUUGUACUCGAUACAGAUCCAUCUCAAACAUUUCUGUAAAUCUAACUCCACCAUUUUACUGAACAUUUUACCAGGACAGACACUGACUGCUUUGGUCGACUGUAUUUUAGUUGUUAUGAUGAAACCGCCUCCGUUGUGUCACCUGCUGCUGCUGCUCUUUCUGCUUGCUGUUAACCUGAAAGGUAUAAAUGGGGACAGAAUCGUUGGGGGCACGGAGGUAAUACCUUACUCCAUUAAGUAUCAAGCCUCCCUCCAGUACCAAAACCUCCACUACUGUGGAGGAGUCCUGGUUCACCCACAGUGGGUGGCGUCUGCUGCCCACUGCUGGAAAUCGGAUCAACAGAUGAAGGUGGUUCUGGGUGAACAUGACCUCUCCAUAGUUGAAGGAUUUGAGCAGAAAUUUGACGUCAUAUUCAGCAUUAAGAACACUGCCUUCGAUCGCUGGAUGCUUUACAACGACAUCAUGAUGCUGAAGUUGGACCGUCCAGCCAUCAUAAAUGACAAGGUGGACACAGUUUUGUUACCAGAUCUGAGCAUGCCCCCUGUGCCAAACUUUGCUCCGUGCAUAGUCAGCGGCUGGGGUAUGACAUGGACAUUCGGCAACACUCUGUCCAACGUCCUGAUGUCUGUCGAUGUGAGUUACUACUGCAACUGCUGGACUUUCUACUACUUUGGGGUCACAAACAACAAUAUCUGUGCCGGUGUUCCUGCUGGGAUGAAAGACUCCUGUCAGGGGGAUUCRGGAGGACCGCUCAUCUGCAAUGGCCGACUGGAAGGGAUUGUGUCUUGGGGCAUCGGCUGCGGCGAUCCUAAUUACCCUGGGGUCUACACAAAGAUAAGAAACUACCGCACAUGGAUCGAUUCAGUCAUCAAAAAUCAUUAAAAAUCACUUUACCUGCGUAAGAGACAAUUUUCAGAAACUUUUAAAAGAACUGCAAAGUACUGAUGUACUGUUUUGGGUUUUUUGUUUAAAGGGAUCCCUGAUUAGUUGUUACAUUAGACUUUAUUUGAUAAACAUACAGUAUA